CAGCACGUGUCACAUGACCACAGCACAGCUGACGGACGCUGGGGUAGGCUUGUCCGAUGUUAGCCUGCUAGCUGCGUUAGCCGUGUCUGGUAAAUCCAGGCAGGAGCAGCCGUCUUUUUUCGCGCUUUCAGACAGAACCAGCCGAGGAGAGAUGUCCCACGAGCCAUGGGGAGGACACCGCGAAUGUGGCCGCUUUUUGUUUCCCCUUGUAUCGGCAGCUUUCGGUUAGAUGUCAAUGUCACAGUCUGGAGCUAGGGCUGUCUAGUUAGCUCCGCUAGCCUGUGUCUGGCUAACACAGGGCCAAGGCCAAGGCCAAGCGAGGAAAAGGGGGGGGGGGAGGCCGUCGGGUACUUUCUCUAGAGGUGGUCAGAAGAGGAGAGGAGACAGAACUUAGUUUACAGUUGCCUCCACCAUCACUGCCAUCACUGUCAGCCUCAGCGGAGCCAUGUCCUCAUCAGGGUGCUGCCACCUACCUGGCUCCCUUUGUGAUUACUCUGGGAACGCUGAAUCAGACGCCUCCAAGGAUUCGGAGGAGUCUGAUUCUACUGCCCAGGCCCACUACAUUGCCAAGGUUACGGCUAAAGAUGGCCGCCCACUUUCCACUGUUGUCAAAGCGGUGAGCUUGCAGAGUGAUGUGGGGAUGUGUCGGAUCUGUCACGAGGGAGCUGGAGGAGAGACGCUGCUCUCGCCCUGUGACUGCACUGGCACGCUGGGUAAAGUGCACAAGAGCUGCUUGGAGAAGUGGCUGUCCUCCUCCAACACCAGCUACUGUGAGCUCUGUCACACAGAGUUCACUAUCGAGCGGCGACCGCAACCACUCACACAGUGGCUGAAGGACCCCGGCCCUCGCAGUGAGAAGCGCACGCUGCUCUGCGACAUGGCCUGCUUCCUUCUCAUCACGCCCCUGGCAGCCAUCUCCGGCUGGCUGUGUCUGAGGGGAGCCCAGGACCACCUGCAUCUGAAGAGCAGACUCGAGGCUGUCGGCCUCAUCGCUCUCACCAUCGCUCUCUUCACCAUCUACAUCCUCUGGACACUGGUGUCCUUUCGCUAUCACUGUCAGUUGUACUCGGAGUGGAGGAGGACCAAUCAGAAAGUGCGUCUGCUCAUGCCUGACAUGAAGGGGGCACACACCACCCAGCGUUCAGUGCCGACCAAGUCGACCAAGAAAAUGACUGAUGAGACCAUCGUAUGAGUGCGGAGCAGCAGCAAGAGGAAUAUAAACAAAAAAAGAUGCCCUUGGAAGCGCUCUUUAAAAACAAAAUUAAUCAUAUUAAUGAACUUUUGCACUUCAGUGGACCAUUCUGAAAGGGGAGAGCUACUCUCUCCUUCUGUUUUCUUUUGUUGAAGCACUUGAUGUAAACUACUACGGUAUUGACCGACCACAGAAGUGGUUUAGGGAAGAACUCAUUCCGGAGUCAUAGUUUGAUGUUGAAACACAGAGAUGUCAUCGGACAGCCACUGCUUGGAAUUGAACGACUGAAGACAUGGACGAUGGACUAACCAGCCCGACUGUACAUCUGUGACACAAACCUAUGAAAUACUAAGACACAAGCUAAUGUAGCAGGAUAUAACUGAAUCAGCAUGCUACUACAGUAUAAUAUGAAACAUAUUCACACAAACUAUACUUCCCCCAUGCCCCUUCACAAUGUAUUUAGCUGUUUUUGAACAAUGGGUAGCCAAUAGCCCAGCAGAGGACAAUAAUCAAAGGGUCAGGCAAGAUUGUAAUAUAUGGGAUCACACAAACUGAAUCCGUUAGACGGCAGCGCUGUAACGUGUCAGGACAUAGUAUUGACAUGUGGAAAAGUGUUAACAUUCCAAUUGGAUGACAUUUCUACCGUUGUCAUAAAAGUGCAUUCACAAUUGGCCCUGCUCCACUUGUAAAUGCACCAUUCAUGAGUUAAAACCGCCUAGCAACAAGCAGUAGUACGACCUACGUCACAAAAGAUGCAACUUUAAAUAGAAGAGAAACAGUGUUCUGACUAGUGAGGUUACAGACGUUUAUCCUAAUUAUAUAAAACACAGAAAUGUAUCAAAAGUAGGCUGAUACUCUUUACAGGUGCAAAACAAGAAUUUGUAUUGAGAUGUCAAAUCAAUGUAUGCAGCAUAUGCUAAACAAAAGUAUUUUGUGUUCUUGUAGUCUUCCUGCUGCAUCCCCUGGAAAGUUGGGUUAUUGUGCAAUAAAACAAGAGGGACUCCUGGA